AUGGUUCUGGUACAAGACGCAUCUGGCUCUCGAGCAGCAAAGCUCAUCAAGACAUUCUGGGCCGUCAUCAAAGGCGAACAGCAAAUCACCAGUGCACACUCCGCAAAGUUGUUUGUACAAGCUUGUGAGAUCUACAGCACCAAGAACUCACCUGUCAAAUUUGUCGAGGUCUUGCUCUCAAGCCCUGCCGGUAUCGCGGCGCUGGAGAGAGUAGUCCGCGUCGACCUGACAUUUAGCUUCAUAAACACCACGGCCUUGCCGUUCCUCCUGACGCUAUCGGAUGAGGGUGUCGCUGCUCUCAGCAAUGGCGGAUUUCUUCGCCAGAUGCUGACGGCUAUUCUGGAGCCAUCUACCUUUUGGACUGCUGCAGUCGGUGCUUACUAUAAUGACAAACUCGACAAUGUCGGGCUUGAAGCAUUUGCCUGGCUGUGUCUACAAAUUGUCUCGGAUCAAACCAGCUUCGACUGCCACAAGGCAGCAGUCAAAGAAUUGAUGGAAAGCAAGUCUCUUCUCAGAUCAGACUCGCCCGAAGUGAGGAAGCUUGCGUACCGUAUCGACAAGAUCAUCAAGAUCUUUGCGCAGCCCGAAAUUGCAUCCAAUGGAGUCACUCCUGGAGGACGUCACGACAACGAUCAUGCCAACUUCCGUGAUAUAUCAAUCUAUCCGACCUCUGAUGAGCUUCUCUCAGCCGACCCUCCGUAUCUCCAGCGGCUGGGGGAGGUGUUUGACACGCCAAUGGAGACCCGAAGCCAGAACUACCGCGAUUGGCUCUUCCGUCUCCUUCGGGAGGACAUGCUCUCUGAGCUUCGUGAAGAUCUCCAAGUCGCUAUGAGUCAGAAGAAGAGCAAACGUCGUCCUGUUGCUUUGGGGCAGCUGAGAUUGGUGGGGAUCAAUACCGACCAUGACAUCGACACCAAGCACAUUCCGCCAUAUGCUCUCUACGUCUCGUGCGAGCAGGGCAUUACUUUUCCGCAUAAACUGCCGAAAGGCGGGAAGAAGGCGUUCCUAGACGAAUCAAAGAAUUUUAUGAAGCAUGACUCUUUUGGUGCGCUCUGCUGCAACGGCGCCAUCAUCGCAUUCGGGUCGAUUGUCAGAGACGUCGCCAAUCUUCUCAAGACACCACCCAUCGUCGGCAUCAAGUUUAGCGACGCCUCAGGUCUCAAGAAGGCGAUAGAAGCGCUUCAGGGUCCUUUCAAGGACAAUGUCAAGUUUUUCGUCGUAGACACUGCUACUUUUGCCUACGAGCCGAUUCUCCAGCGAUUGAAGACCAUCGCCGAGUUUCCGUUGGAAGCCCAAUUGAUUGACGUGGAACAGCCUGCUCAGGAUGGACCAAGAUCAACAUCAUUGGAUGCCUUGCCACACCAACUCCGCGCUGCCUUGGACUCGGGGCGCAAAGUCAAGAUGCCUCCAGGUUUGAAGCUGAAGAAAGACAUCUAUUUGCAGGGCGCGCAGCUGCGAUCGUUCAUUCAUGGCAUCAGCAGCAACCUGGCUCUCAUUCAAGGCCCACCUGGUACGGGAAAGUCAUUCUUGGGCGCACUCAUUCUUUUGACCAUCCUACGAUUGAGCAAGUCGCGUAUUCUGGUUCUGAGCUAUACGAACCAUGCCCUUGACCAGUUUUUGGAGGAUCUGAUGGACAUCGGCAUCAGCUCAGAUCAAAUGGUUCGCCUCGGUUCCAAAUGUACUGAAGCCACCAAGCCAACACUUCUGAGAGAAUACGACGGCCAAAAGAGGUACUGGUUGAAGAUGGAAGAGAAGAACAUCCUCAAUUCCCUUCGCGUCGAUGAAACCAGUCUCAGCUUGGAGCUUCAAGAAUGCAGCAAAAAGCUCGCUGCACGAGAGGCUCACCCGACCGAUAUCCUGGAAUACCUGGAGCUUUCCGAAAACUUCAGCAUCGCAUGGGAAGCUUUUCAGGUGCCAGAAGAUGACGGAUUCAAGACAGUUGGUUCGGAUGGCAAAGAAAUGGAACCGGCGGGUGUUUACCAGUUUUGGCUGAACGGCGGUGAUGUCAAUCGUCUCGGACACAUCAGCGCAUCUCUCGACCUGAGAGCCCGUACCGUCUGGAAUGCGCCGCUGGCUGUUAGAAGGCAAUGCCAUUACGAGUGGUCUCAAAUGGUUCGUGAGGAACAGAGUGCCCGGUUCGUUGAACUAAGCAAGCGUUUCAGUGAUGUGAGAACUGAGAUUAAGAGUAUCCUUGACGAGCGUGGACGAAGAGUUCUCCAGGAUAAACAGAUCAUUGCGUGCACAACAACCGCUGCAGCGAUGUACCAGUCAGUCAUUGAAACCGCCAAUCCCGACGUCAUUCUGGUUGAAGAAGCGGGUGAGAUCCUCGAAGCACACAUCAUUACGGCUAUGAGUGCCUCAGUGAAGCAACUCAUUCUCAUCGGAGAUCACAAGCAGCUCAGACCAAAGGUCGGCAACUACUUAUUGACAAAGGAGAAGGGCGAAGGCUACGAUCUGAACGUGUCGCUUUUUGAAAGACUUGUUAUUCAGGGUCACCAUUUCACAGCCCUUGAAGAGCAGCAUCGCAGCCACCCAGACAUCUCACAAUACCCUCGCAUGCUAGCUUAUCCCGAACUAAAAGACAUGCCGUCGACUUCCGACCGUCAGACGAUCCGAGGAUUAAAGAGUCGCGUCACAUUUGUGCACCAUGAACGACCGGAGGAUACCAUGGACGAUGUCGCUGAGCGCCGGGACCCUACGGCCAAAGCCAGCAAGAGGAACCUCCAUGAGGCCAUGAUGGUUCUCCGAAUGGUCCGGUACUUAUCGCAGAACGGAUACAAGACCGAGAACAUGGUCGUUCUCACUCCAUAUCUGGGACAAUUGUUCCUUUUGAAGGAGACCCUUCGGAAGGAGAUGGAUCCUUGGCUGAAUGAUGUCGACAACCAUGACCUGGUGCGCGCAGGACUGGUCACGCAGGCGGCAGCCAAAGUGAACAAGAAGCCGCUGCGUCUGUCAACAAUUGAUAACUACCAGGGAGAAGAAUGCGACAUCGUCAUCGUGUCACUAACACGUAGCAACGCAUCGGGAGACAUCGGCUUCCUGCAUGCUCGCGAACGACUCGUUGUCCUUCUAUCGCGAGCCCGAAACGGCAUGAUUCUCUUUGGCAACAUGGAGACAUUCAUGAAGAGCAAGAAGGGCGGUAAAAUGUGGACGCAGUAUUUUGAUGCGCUGAAGCUGAACAACUCUAUAUUUGAUGGAGUGCCUAUCCAUUGCGAGCGCCACCCUGAAACGUCCAUGUUAUUGAAGCUGCCGGAAGACUUUGAUAAGAAGUGUCCUGAUGGAGGAUGCGCCGAGCCCUGUGAUGCCCCAUUGAGCUGCGGCAAACACAAAUGCCAGCGACGUUGCCAUCGAGUCCAGCACCACUCCUUGAUUGAAUGUCAUGCCAAAGUCGAGAAAGUAUGUGACAAAGGCCAUAAGACCAAGGUCCCAUGUGGAGACAAGUCAAAGAGUUGCACGACUUGCACGAAAGAGUACGAAGACAACCAGCGACGUAUCAAACGCGACCUCGAACUCGAACGAACACGCCAAGAGCUUCAGGACAAGUAUCGCUUGGAGUUACAAGCGAUUGAGGAUGAGAUUGAUCAUCGCCGUCGAACUAUGAAGUACGAGUCUGAGGAGAAGAAGCAAGCGGAUGAGCUCAAACAGAAGAAGGAGGAACUUGAGUCUCUUCGACAAGCUGAAAGCAACAAGAAGAAGAUGAAGGAGACCCAGAAAACCAGCCCACCGCCUCAGACUGCUCCUCAGUUCGAUCCUGUCUCCAGUGCAGCCAAGGAGUGGAAGAACAUGAAAGAAGUUGAAGGUGCACGCAACGCUGCUUUGGAUAAGCUGAUGGGAAUGAUUGGUCUGGAGUCUGUAAAAGACCAGAUACUGUCUAUCAAGUCGACAGUCGAUACCAAGAUACGUCAAGGGUUCUCUCUUGGAGAUGAAAGAUGGAGCUGUUCGCUACUCGGCAAUCCAGGAACAGGCAAGACAACGGUGGCUAGAAUAUAUGCCGAGUUCCUCACGACUGUUGGUGCGAUUGCAGGAAGCUGCUUCAAAGAAGUCACUGGAUCCAAACUCGCCAAUAUGGGUGUCACUGGCUGUGAGAAGCUUAUCGAGGAUGUCAACAACAAUGGUGGCGGCUGCGUCUUCAUCGACGAAGCAUACCAGCUAUCAUCUGGCAAUAGCCCCGGCGGCAAGGCUGUCCUGGAUUAUCUGCUGGCAGAGGUCGAGAACCUGAGAGGAAAGGUCGUGUUUGUCUUGGCAGGAUACAGCAAGGAGAUGGAGUCCUUCUUCUCCCACAACCCCGGCAUUCCCAGUCGAUUCCCCAUUGAGAUGAAGUUCGAGGACUACACCGACAAAGAACUCCUCCAGAUUCUUCAACUCCAGAUCCAUCGCAAGUUCAAUGGAACAAUGUCUGUCGAGCAAGGAGUCGAUGGACUGUUCUGCCGGAUUGCUGUACGCCGAGUUGGCCAUGGCCGCGGAAAGAAUGGUUUCGGUAAUGCUCGCGCCAUAGAAAACUGCCUUCAGAAGAUUAGCCAACGGCAAGCAGCACGUCUCAGAAGGGAACGCCGAGCCAGCAAGAAGCCAAAUGAUUUGCUCCUCACCCAAGAAGACAUCAUCGGACCAGAGCCUUCCGAGGCUUUGCUGAGCAGCAAGGCUUAUCGAGAGCUCAAGUCCCUGAUCGGUUUGCAGGAAGUCAAGGAUGCACUUGGUGUGCUCAUGGAUACCUUGAGAACGAACUAUGAGCGCGAGCUUGCGGAGCAGCCCCUAGUAGAGUUUUCGCUGAACAAGGUAUUCUUGGGAUCGCCUGGAACUGGAAAGACUACUGUCGCAAAGCUUUACGGGGCGAUCCUCAAAGAUCUGGGACUUCUUUCGAACGGGGAGGUCGUUACCAAGAACCCAGCUGAUUUCGUCGGGGCCGCUCUUGGACAGUCAGAAGCUCAGACCAAAGGCAUCCUCGCCGCCACCGUAGGCAAGGUUCUUUUGAUUGACGAAGCAUACGGACUCUAUGGAGGAGGAGGCGUAAAUGGCUCUGUCGUCGAUCCGUACAAAGCGUCUGUUAUCGACACCAUCGUUGCAGAGGUUCAGAGUGUCCCAGGCGAAGAUCGAUGCGUGCUCCUGCUUGGAUACAAGGAGCAGAUGGAGGAGAUGUUCCAGAACGUCAAUCCAGGCCUUAGCCGACGCUUUCCCAUCUCAUCUGCCUUUGUAUUUGAUGACUUUGACGAUGUUGCGUUGGCAAAGAUUCUGGACCUCAAACUGGGCAAGUCAGGCUUCAAGGCAACAACCAAGGCAAAGGUUGUCGCACUGGACGUCCUGCGCCGUGCACGAAACCGUCCAAACUUUGGAAAUGCGGGUGAAAUAGAUAUUCUACUUGGAAGAGCUAUGGCCAGCCAUCAAAAGCGAGUGUCUUCUGGACGUGUCAAGAGACACGGGACCUUGGAGCCUAUUGACUUUGAUGAAGACUUCGAUCGCGCUGAAAAAGGUGAUACCGACGUCAAGAAAUUGUUUGAGGGCGACGUCGGGCGUGACCGUCUGAUAUCGAUCCUUCAAGGUUACCAGACCCGCGUGCGUCAGGCCAAGCAACUGGAGAUUGACCCGGAGAUCCCCUUCAACUUCCUAUUCCGCGGCCCGCCUGGAACAGGAAAGACUACUGCUGCUCGCAAGAUGGGCCAAGUAUACUAUGACCUGGGCUUUUUGGCCAGUACUGAAGUCAUCGAGGUUUCUGCUACCGAGCUCAUUGGCCAGUAUGUUGGACAUACUGGGCCGAAGGUACAGCAGCUCCUGGACAAAGCCUUAGGGCGGGUUCUUUUUAUUGAUGAAGCGUAUCGACUGGCUUCUGAGGGUUCAUUUGCCAGAGAGGCAGUCGAUGAGCUUGUGGAUUGCGUCACGAAGCCAAAGUAUCAUGGAAAGCUUAUCAUCAUUCUGGCUGGCUACGUACAGGACAUCAACACGCUGCUGGGAAUCAACCCAGGAAUGUCUAGUCGGUUCCCAGAAAGCAUUGACUUUGAGCCUCUCACUCCUGCUAGCUGCAUUCAGCUGAUAACCAGUCAAUUGCAAGCUAGCAAAGCCAAGCUCAAGGGAAAGAUAGCAGUUGAUCUGUCGUGCUUGGAGCGUCCUGAGAAGGAAUUUUUAGCGGAGCUGACCAACAAGUUCAAGGAACUGUCGGAGCAGGACAGCUGGGCAAAUGCGAGAGAUGUCAAAGAACUUGCCAAGAAGAUGUUUCACAAGUUUGAUCUAUCUUGCAGAAGCCUGACCCUUACUGAGGAGCUCAUUCGUAGUACUAUGGAUGACAUGGUGGCGGAGCGUCGAGGCCGAAUGACUGACAAGAAGCCUACUGCUGCGAGCGAGAUCGCCAAAGCACUCACCGAUACACCCACAUUCACACCACCUACAAUGACAACCAACUUCACCACAGUCGCUGAAGAAAAGGAGGAGGAAGAGCCAGGAGAAGAACUCCCAGCCGUCACCGUUCCCCAUGGCAUCCGAGACGCCGGGGUAAGCGAUGAAGUUUGGGAACAGCUCCAAAAGGACAAAGAGCAAGAAGCCAAAGACGAAAAAGAAUUUCGCCGUCUCAAAAAAGCGCAGCAGAAUGCCAGCGAUGCUGAGAGGGAAAAGCUUGUUCGUCGGAUUCUGGCUGAGGAGGAGAAACGGAAAAAGGUCGAGGCGAGGAAGGCAAAGUUGAUGAAGAUGGGAGACCUCACUAGUUUGGAGUGCUGUUUAUAUCCUCUACCAAGCACAGAAGUCGACAAGAUAACUCAAAUCACUACCAUGUCAGGUGACAACGGAGGGGUGGCGGCUCAGGUUGACAUUUUAGGGAUUCCAGGAGCCGCAUUAAACACGAUCGGCUUUGCCCAAGGACUCCUUCGCGCCGUUUCGGCUGACAAUGCCAACCCCAAUGCCGUCAUACAGGUUCAGCAAAUCGGGUCCUGCUUUCAAUCCAACGGUCCUUGGGCAGCAAAGAUUCCAGACCUUCUGACGAGAGCAUCAUGUGUUAGACUUGAGAGGCUUUCCGCUUGGGUUGGAUGGGCAAAAGACGACACCCCGUCUUUCAUGAGUCAGACUACCGGUGGGCAAACUGCAGCCCUACUAUGCUGCGCCCUCGGUAGCCUUUACCCAAAAAGUCGUUGCGGGCUAUUGCUCUACGAUCUUUGUCAAGAUAUCUUACCUGCAGAUCGGCAGUUGUCCUCACCAACUCAAUUGGGCGAUGUUUGCAUGCUACUAGAACGCAAAUCAGCAUGUCUAGGUUUUGGAAACCAUUUGGCCCUGCAAGUCACUCGACUGAGGCAAUGUUUUUUCGAAGCUGGUUUAGACGUGCCACGAGACUUGGCCGACACACCAACAGAGGAAGAUCUUAACAAAUUUUUAUCCGGAGUCUGCAGUGCUCUUCGAGAUGAGAGUCUGGUUCUACAAGUGUCUGGAACGAGAUGUGUAGGAACACUAUUGGCCUUGACGCUUGCAAUGUGCCCUGAAGAUGUUUCAGUGCGAAUCAACAGAGAAGUCCUUAUGAGUGGACUCAGGGACAACAUUAUCUUCUCGGUCACUACUGAAGUUGGCUCUUCAACACAAAUUCAUCUCGAAACAAAGCUGGAAAUUAAGAAAGCCGGGUUCCUAAAACGUCAUAUCAUCACAGAGAGCCAGCACAAACACAACGAAGAACUAUGCUUUACUCGAAGUCUACUUGGCACCCAGGAGAACGUCUCCCGACCCAAGGAUUGA